AUGGCCAUCCUCCACCAGUAUGACUAUAUUUUCGCGGUGACCACCAUCUUCGCGUUCCUGGAUGCCUGGAACAUAGGAGCCAACGAUGUAGCCAACUCGUUCGCCUCGUCGGUCUCCUCGCGGUCCCUGACGCUCAAGCAGGCGAUGCUGAUCGCCGCCUGCAUGGAGUUCGCAGGGUCCGUAAGUGUAGGCUCGCGAGUCGCCGAAACCGUGCGAGAGAGAAUCAUCGACCCUCACCUAUACGACGCUGAGCCGGCCGUGCUCAUGCUCGCCAUGAUGUGCACCAUUAUCGGGUCCUCCACCUUUUUGACCAUCGCGACCCGCUUCGGACUGCCGGUUAGCACGACGCACUCGAUCAUCGGCGGCCUGGUCGGCGCGGGCACGGCCUCGGUUGGGAUAAAGCAGGUACACUGGGGCUGGCGGGGCGUUGCGCAGGUCUUUGCGGCCUGGGGAAUUGCUCCUGGGAUAGCAGGGCUACUUGGGGCUGGCAUGUUCUUGGUGACGAAGCAUUUCGUCUUGUCCAGCAAGUACGCCGUGCAUAGAGCGCUCUUUUCCAUCCCGAUCUAUUCCUUCUUUGCGAUCGGGGGAUUAACCAUGCUCAUCGUGUGGAAGGGCAUCCAGCUCGACGUCGAGCCGAACGGCAUGCAAGUCGCCGUCUCCGUGAUAACCGUCGCAACCGGCUGUGUGAUCCUGCAAAUCCUUUUCCUCCUCCCCUACCUCUGGCGCCGCGUCAUGAACGAAGACUGGCAGCUGAAAUGGUACGAUGUCUGGCGCGGACCUUUCCUGCUAUCCCGCCCUCUGCCUAAUCCCCCACCAGCCGGACGCAGCAGCCUGAAUAUAAAAGACUACUACCGGGGCCACCUCACGCAAGACGAACUCAAGUGCCUGCGCGCCUCAGAACACCUCCUCCAAUCCAUCCAAACAACAGGCUACAACGACCCAGAACGACUAGACGGCCAGCCUACUCAGCCAACCGGACUCGUCGACGGCGUCCCUCCCCGACCCCCGGGCCCCUGGACAAGCUGGCCCGUACUCUGGUGGUCCAUCCAACGCAUCCUCUACCACGGCCUCGAACAAGAUGUAAUCCAAGCCCAGAAGCGACAAACCGUCUUAACCUGGGACAUCCAGGACAUGCACGCGCGGGCCUCGCGCUACGACAACAGGGCCGAAUACAUGUACAGCUCGCUACAGAUCUUGACCGCGGCAACAGCGUCCUUCGUGCACGGGGCCAACGACGUCGCCAACGCCAUCGCCCCGUUCGCAACAACCUACCUCGUCUGGCAGAGCGGGGAGAUCAGGAGCCAGGUCCCUGUGCCGACGUGGGUGCUAUGCUUUGGCGGCGGCGCAAUCGUGCUCGGCCUCAUGACAUAUGGAUACCAUCUCAUGCGCAAUCUCGGCAACAGACUGACCCUGAUGUCGCCGUCGCGCGGGUUCUGCAUGGAACUGAGCAGCGCAUUAACUAUCUUGAUCGCGACGCGAUUGAGACUGCCUGUGUCUACGACACAAUGUAUAGCCGGUGCUUCAAUUGGAGUUGGUUUAGCGAACGGCGACUGGCGCUGCAUCAAUAUGCGUCUUGUUGCGUGGAUCUACUUUGGCUGGGUGAUUACGGUGCCUGUGACGGCGCUGCUGGCAGGCAUGUUGAUGGGAUUGAUUCUGAAUGCCCCGCGGUGGCCAUCAUAA